CCGGCUUGGACUUGGAGAAGGUGCUCGAACACCUGCUGAACCAGCGAGCGGACCUCGUCGAAACCAUUAUUAGAAAAAAUCCUUAGGUGCGAAAGACCACCAGAGUUUCGGCGGGCGUCAUGGCCAGCGACGCCAGGGCUCUUCUUCACGCCUUCGGGGAGAUGUACAGCUACGAGAAACGACUACAGACGUUCACCGAGUGGCCCUUUCGGGAGGACUGCCAGUGUACCCCCGAGCAGAUGGCCAAAGCGGGCUUUGUUCACUGCCCCAGCGAGAACGAACCCGAUGUGGUCUGCUGCUUCUUCUGCCUCAAGGAGCUGGAGGGCUGGGAGCCGGAAGACAACCCCUGGUCAGAGCAUAUCAAGCGCUCACCAAACUGUGGAUUUCUGACCUUGAAUAAAGACUUUAAUGAUCUCACCGUGAUGGAGUUCUUCAAGCUGGAGCAGGAGAGGUUGACCACCCUCUUUAAGAAGGCCCAUCACCAGACGAUGGCCCGUUUCCGUGAUGAAGUGGAGCUGACCCAUAAAAACCUGGACACGUUGUUCAGUUCUAUAUCGUAGGCAGUUUUACAGAAGUGUAUAAAGGUGUUUUGUAAAUGGGAAGUUUCUUAUAUUUGCAGCUAUUUAUAGUGUAUUUUUGUCACUUUUCCAAGUUAUGCGUUGUUGCAAU